AUGAACAGGCUGGACACAAGGGAGGAGAACAUGCCGGUCUCUUCCUCUCCACACCAACCCCUUGUCCCYGCGGCAGGGCUGGAGAAGGACCCGCUGCCCCUGGGCCCGGACGCGCCGCUGCCGCCCGCCACCGCCGACCCCGCUGCCCGCCUGCUGCGGGGCCGGCCCUCCGCGCCCGUGCGGCCCUACAGCCUGUCCCUCUCCCCCGAGGACUACCGCUACUCCCCCAAGCCCAAGCACCUGCGGCCCGGGCGGCUCCGCAAGCUCCUGGGCCCCUCCUUCGACCCCUUCUGGAUGUCGCCGGAGGACCCGCGGGGCCGCAACGCCAGCGCCGAGCACCUGGAGGCCCUGAGCCGGGAGCUGGCGGAGGGCGCCGGGCGCUACCGGCGCAAGCUAUGGCGGGAGGCUGAGGGCCUGGAGCUGCCGGCCCUGCUGCCCCCGGGCGAGGGGCUGCCKGGCAACCUGAGCGGCACCGUGGCCCGGCGCCUCCGGCAGUGGCUGGUGGAGCGGGCUGCAUGCCGCCUCACCUCCGCCUGGGUGGACCUGGGGCCCGUCUUCUGGCCCCGCUGGGUGCGCCACACGGCCUGCGACGCCGGCCCCGCCGGCUGCUCGUGGCCCCCCGGCAUGACCUGCCGCCCGGCGCAGCUCACCCACGUCAAGCUGCUGGCCUGGCACUGCUGGGCCGGCCGGCCGCCGGCGCCCGGUGCCCAGCAGUGCGCCUGGCGGCACGUCCCCUACCCCGUCGUGGCCGCCUGCAAGUGCUCCUGCCGGUAA